GAGAAAGAGAGCGCAUGCGUUGGCUUCCGGUGCGCGUUACCCUGGUAGCCACAGUCGCUACCAGCAGCCCAGAUCGCGUAGUAUUUCUACGUGGCGCCGGUGCUGCUGCGGCUGUAAAGCAGUGGUCACCGCCUCCGGGAGCUCACCUCUAUGUGGAGAAGGGAGCGCCCAGAGGAGGUCUUAGGGGUCCUUCCAUGGCUUCACAGAAGAUAGAAGUAGUGACCAAAGCAACGGGGUUUCGGCGCCGCCCCAAGAAGACCACUUACACCCCGGGGACCUGCGAGCUGCUCAAAGUGAUGAUGAAGGAAUCCAAACUGACGAACAUCCAGCAGCGCCACAUCAUGGACAUCAUGAAAAGAGGAGACGCUUUGCCCCUACAGUGCAGCCCAACAUCCAGCCAAAGGGUCUUACCUUCCAAGCAAAUAGUCUCGCCCAUCUACCUGCCUCCCAUCCUGGCAGCCCGUCCCCACCUCCGGCCUGCCAGCAUGUGCCAAGCCAAUGGGGCCUACAGCCGGGAGCAGUUCAAACCUCGAGCCACCAGGGAUCUGGAGAAAGAGAAACAAAGACUCCAAAAUAUCUUUGCCACAGGGAAGGACCCAGAAGAACGGAAAAGAAAGGCCCGUCCUCGACGACAGGAAGCUCCGGCCCCCGAGCAGGACCGCUUUGAAGAGUUGGUGAAGGAAAUCCAGGAGAGGAAAGAAUUCCUGGCUGACAUGGAGGCCCUGGGACAGGGCAAGCGGUACCGAGGAAUCAUCCUUGCUGAAAUCUCCCAGGUAGGAGAAACAACCGGGGAAGCUGGGAGAGAAGGGGCCCAGUGCAAGUACAAAUGGAAACACAGGGCCAGCUUGGCAGGGGGCAGGGGGCAGGGGGCAGGCUCUAGCUCACAGCUGGAGCAGCCCCUCAGGUUCCUACCCCUGAUGCACCCGCUUUUCCUGAUGCCCUCUGCAGAAACUCCGGGAAAUGGAAGACAUUGACCACAAGAGGAGUGAGGACCUUAGGAAGGCUCUUGCCACCACUUAAUCUGUCUCCAGGGGCAGGGACAGGGUAGCCCAAGCUCGACCACUGGAGUCCACUCCUCUGUCAAGCAGGGUCAUCCUCAGGUCAGCGCACCCUACCAGCCUUCAGCCACUUCAGAUGGCGGCACAGCACUGCCCUGCAGUUCCCUGAGGCAUACUCAGCAGCCUAGCCCCUGCUCACGGGUGCCGUUGGAGCCUCUGAGAUCCGCAGCCCCAUCCACAGAGAAGCAAGGCCCGAGCGUUCCUACUUGGACGUGUGUCUAACGGUAUCCACUGGGCCUGCUUCCCACCACCUCCGGCCCGCGGCCUGUUCAUUUAGCUUUCAAAUUCAGGAAUGAAUAGGAUUCUCUUCUUCCUGUUUUAGGAUUUACUUAUUUGCUUUCUUACCACCUGAGGCAAAUAUUCAACCGCAAUGAUGAACUGGGCAAUAAAGCGUAUUUAACAUGGGUCAUCACAAGCACCAUUUUGUUUUCAGAGGGACAAGCUUAUUUGUUCAAGGCAUUAGAAUCUGCUGAGCAUGAAUGGUUUCUAGCUGCCUGUCUGCAUAUUUCAAGUGGAAAUGGGAACCAACCUCGUGGGCACCCCGUGGCUAGGCGCCGUGGCAGCUGCUGAGUUCCACUGUCAAUGAUCUCAAUAAACCUCUGCAAUGGUUCAUU